CUGAAAAUGAGAAAAAAUAUAUGUUACAAACAAGCAGCCGCUUACAGGAAGUGACGUCACUGACAGCUGUCCAAUCAGAGUACGAGCUACGAAUACGCGGUAAGCGCGAGCUUUCAGAGGUGUUAUGGUGACUUUGUGCGCGCUCGUAUGUUAUAUCAGAAUAUCAAACUUUUGUGUUUGGUGGCGGAAAUUGUAAAGGCAUUUUGUGUGACUUUCUCUUUAUGUUGUUUUAAUGUUCACACGAUGGCAGAAAGAGCAACACUUUCCGUUGUGAGUUUUCUGUCCUAAACCAAGGGUUGUAAUAUCGCAUUCUAACGGAGCAUGCCUGUAUUUAUUUUUGCGAGUGUAUUUGUUUGUGGAGCUGAUUAAAUGCCAUAUACAUGAACUUUGGAUGAUUCAUAUUUAAUAUAAAUGCACACACAAUGCCGAGUCUUCCUCAAAACAACCUAAAGGAGCAACUGGAACGACACAAUAAUGCUGCACAGAACAAGUUGUCACUGCUGAAACCAAAGCAUGGGGGGUUUUGUUUCAAAAAGAAGUCUUCAUCCAGCUUCUCCAAAGUGGAAGUUCCUCUAAAGCCUGAGAGGGCAGCACCGAAAGUCAACUUCUUCGCAGCACCCAGCAGACCGAAGACAAAUACUGUUAAUCCAUUAGCCAACCCAUUUGCUGUGAACAAAACACCUCCUGUCCAAUCUACUAUUAAUGAUUUACUCAAAUCUGCAGCCUUACUUAAGGAUCAAACUGUGGGUGAACCUAAGCAUGACAUCUCUCAACUCUCCUUCAAUGAAUGGGAUGACUUGGAUGAUUUUGAAACCCCAGUCAAGACAAGAGUAGUGUCCCCAGUUACAGGGACCUAUACAAAAAAGCUUAGUGUUUCGGACCAGAACACCACCCCAAAUGCCUCUUGUGCUAAGAGUGAUGAGACUACAUUAAAUGGAGGUUUACAGGUUACAGAAGCCAUAACUGCCCCAAAGGACGUCCUGUCAGCUGCUAAUAGAUUCAGCACAGCGCCUGCUGAGAGAGAGCCUGAGGACUCGCCCAUUAAAAAGACCAAAAGACAUAAGAAAUCAGUCCAGCAAAAGGCAUUACUGAGUGACACUGAAGAUGAGGAGAUCAUCGACUGUACUUCACCAGAGAAAAACCAAAAGGACAUCAAUUGUGUGACAACUGCUGAAAAAGAACAGUGGGCUGAGACAAACAUCAUAGACAUUGAUGAGUCUGAGACAGACAACUUUUAUGAAGAUUAUCAGGAUUUCAUCCCCCCAUCCCCUGUUCCCGAGGAGACGAGUUCCUUUGACUCAGAAAAGGAGAAAAGUUCAUCUCACCCUGUUACCCAUGCUGACAAAAAUGUUCCACCUCAUGAGUCUGCCUCAAGCCUGUCGGCACCCUUGGAUGAACCUACCAAAGAAUUAAAAGGACCGUAUGAUGCUCUCUUUACUGUUAUGGAGUCUAUUUGUCAUCUAGUGGACACUAUUCCUGAGCAUGAGCUCAUAGCGCUGACCUGUGGCACAGAGCUAUUACUGCAGAGAGCGCACAGGAAAAGGAUUCUUGUUAAUGGUGCACCAUCUAGAACAUCUCAGUUAGACCCAGCAGCAACUGCAUAUUCUAGUCUGCUAAAAAGACAAGCUUUUGGAGUCACACCCUCUAGUCUAACAUCAUCUAUGACCCCAGUGACAUCAGAAAGGGGAGAGGGUGUCAAAACAGGCUUUCAGUUUCGCAAGUCCAUUGCCUCUGUCAUGUCUUUGGGAAAUGACAGUGUUUUUGAGGACUCUGACUGCAUCAUCAGUGGAGUUGAAACCCCUGGUGGUUCCUGGAAUCCUAACAGCUCAGCAAAAACAACAACUAGUAGGGACAUCUCAAACAGGUCAAGUCCACCUUCAAGCAAAUCUGAGUCAAAAACGGAUAAGUGCUACUCAAGGUUGUCCUUCAAUGAGUCAAACAUUCAGACUGUAGGUGGAGAUCAGGUUGACUUGUUUUAUUCCCCAAAAAGAGUAAAUUCAGGCAAGAGAAAUGCUGAGAGCUGUGUCGAAACCAACACGGCAGUACCCAACUGUUCUCAAGCAGAUAUAGAGCCAGUUGAUGACUUCCUAAUCGAUGACUUUGAUAUUGAUGAUUUUAAUGAGACUGAUAUUCCAGAUUAUGUUGAAGAACCUCCAAGUGUCUUGGCAUCAAGAGACAGCUCUGGUGCAAAAACACCAUUGGUGCGGGAGGGAGGGCCUUCAAAACCUUUGGAGAGAAAGACAGUAACAUCCCCAGUGCUAAAACCUACGAAGACAUCCAACCCUGAACCCGUGUACAGAAACCCAGCUCAUGACCGCUUUAGAGGCUUCAGCUUUCCUCACAGCCCAGAGAUGAUGAAGAUCUUCCAUAAGAAGUUUGGGCUUCAUCAGUUUCGCUUCAAUCAGCUGGAGGCUAUUAAUGCCACACUGUUAGGAGAAGACACAUUUGUACUGAUGCCUACAGGUGGUGGUAAAAGUCUCUGCUAUCAGCUUCCUGCUUGUGUCCUUGCUGGAGUGACUGUUGUCAUUUCUCCUCUACGGUCUCUCAUAGUUGACCAGGUCCAAAAGCUCACCACAUUAGAUAUCUGUGCAACUAGUUUAUCAGGGGACAAAACAGAUAGUGAGGCUGCAAAGAUCUAUAUGCAGCUGUCUAGGAAGGAUCCCCCCAUCAAACUGCUUUAUGCCACUCCUGAGAAGGUGUGUGCAAGUGGACGGAUGGUCAGUGCCCUUCAGAAUCUGUAUGAAAGGGGUCUGCUGGCUCGCCUUGUCAUUGAUGAGGCCCAUUGCGUCAGUCAGUGGGGUCAUGACUUCAGGCCCGACUACAAGCGCUUGCAUGAGCUCAGGCGGAUGUUUCCCAAUGUUCCUAUAAUGGCACUGACAGCCACAGCCACUCCUAGAGUUCAGAAAGACAUUCUUAACCAGCUGGCAAUGACCCGUCCUCAGGUAUUCACUAUGAGCUUCAACAGGCACAAUCUCAAAUAUUCGGUUUUGCCAAAAAAGCCCAAGAAGGUUGAUGAGGAAUGCAUUCAGUGGAUCAAGAAAUAUUACCCACGUGACUCGGGGAUUGUGUACUGCUUGUCUCGUAAUGACUGUGACACUCUGGCUGACAGUCUUCAGAGGGCUGGGAUCGCAGCACUGGCUUAUCACGCUGGCCUGAGUAACAGCGACAGGGAAUAUGUCCAGAAUAAAUGGAUCAACCAGGAUGGCUGCCAGGUUAUGUGUGCCACCAUUGCAUUUGGCAUGGGAAUCGAUAAACCUGAUGUGCGUUAUGUGAUCCAUGCCAGUUUGCCCAAGUCAGUGGAGGGUUAUUACCAGGAGUCAGGCAGAGCUGGUCGAGAUGGAGAGAUUUCCCACUGCGUCCUCUUCUAUGCCUACAGUGAUGUUAUCCGCAUCAAGAGACUCAUUGCGAUGGAUAAAGAUGGCAACCAGCAAUCCAAAGCCACCCACAUCAACAACCUGCACAGCAUGGUGCAUUUCUGUGAGAAUGUGGCUGAGUGCAGGAGGAUCCAGUUGCUGGCUUACUUUGGCGAGCACACUUUUAAUACAAGCUUCUGUAAAGAGCAUCCUGAGGUCAUCUGUGACAACUGUGCCAGACCACACCUUAAGAGACAAUGUUCUCACACUUCCUCUGUAGCUGAGGCGCAGACAGAGAGUUCAGGAUGGAUUGGCACAACAAGGGGCCAUCAAAACGAGGAAGAUGAUGAUGACGAUGAAGGGGACACAUCAACCUAUUUCAGAAGCACCUCUGGACGAGGAGCAAAGAGAAAGCAAGCAUCUUACUCCAGAAAACCCAAAAGAAGAAAAGGUACCGGCGGCCAAAACUCCUCUUCUAAAGGCAACAACUGGUCUUCAUCAAGAGGAGGAGGAUACAGAGGUGGUAGUCGAAGUGCUGACAGAGGUUCCAGGCCUGCUCCAUCAGUCCCAGCAGUGAAGAGGCCCGGCUUCAUGGCUUUACCCACACCACAGACUGCUGCUCGUCCAUUCCUCAAACCAACAUUCUCUCACCUCUAG